GAGGGCAGGCCGCCAUUACUCUGGACGUAAGGAAAACACUUGAGUGACCCCAAUAAGCGGUGGACAGAGGCCGCUCAGGACUGUGUACAGACAGCGGGGGACGGCACACAGCCCAGCUACGGCAUUGUGCAACUCCAGGAGUAGGUGCGCCUCCCUCCAGCAGGGGGCGACCGCGUCUGCUUGCCCCCGCCAUUCUCCAGGAAGCGGAUGUGUGAGCGGCAGUUGCACUGGGGAGUGAGAGCAGCCAAGUCAUAACCGGGGACAGAGAGAGAAGAGGAGCCGGGCUCGGCCGCUGACACCCUCCUGCUUCCCCAUGCUAGGAUGUAACAUGGCGGCCGCUAUGGAGACAGAGCCGGUUGGACUCGAGGUAUUUGAAUCUGCAGAGCAAACUGGGGGAGACCGAAAACCUGAACCUUUCUACGUGGAGCGUCACUCAUGGAGUCAGAUGAGGAAGCUGCUUGCAGACACCAGGAAAUACCAUGGAUAUAUGAUGGCCAAAGCCCCGCACAGCUUCACGUUUGUGAAGAGAAAUGACCCAGAUAGCCCUCACUCUGAUCGCAUGUACUAUCUGGGUAUGUCAAUGUCUGGAGAGAACCGGGAGAAUACUCUAUUUUACUCCGAGAUCCCAAAGAACGUGAACCGCGGAGCGCUCCUCAUGCUGUCCUGGAAGCCUUUGCUGGACACCUUUCAGGCCACCCCUGAUUACGGCAUGUACUCCCGUGAAGAAGAGCUGCUCCGGGAGAGGAAACGCAUUGGUACAGUGGGCAUUUCUGCUUUUGAUUAUCACGCAAAGAGUGGAACUUUCCUAUUCCAAGCAGGAAGCGCCAUCUACACUGUCCGUGAUGGGGGCACCCGUGGAUUCACGAAGCAGUCGCUGCAGCCACAGUUACUGGAAAGCAGUUGCCCCAAUAUUCGCAUGGAUCCCACCAUCUGUCCUGGAGACCCUACCUGGAUGGCAUUUGUGCACAGCAAUGAUUUGUGGGUGGCCAAUGUAGAGAGCGGCGAGGAGCGCAGGCUGACAUUCGUGCACAAAGAUUUGGUUGGAGUGGAAGAAGAUUCCCGUUCUGCCGGAGUAGCCUCCUUCGUUUUACAGGAGGAGUUUGAUCGCUACACUGGAUACUGGUGGUGUCCCCGCAGUGAAACAACCCCGUCAGGCGGUCAGAUACUGCGCCUCCUCUAUGAAGAGAAUGACGAAUCUGAGGUUGAGAUAAUCCAUGUGACAUCACCAAUGCUGGAGACACGCAGGACGGAUUCUUUUAGGUACCCCAAAGCUGGGACUGCAAACCCAAAAGUGACAUUUAAGCUGUCAGAAAUAACUGUGGAUUCGGAGGGCAGAGUGUUGGACGUUGUAGACAAAGGGCUGCGGCAGCCAUUCGAGGUGCUGUUUGCAGGAUGUGAAUACAUCGCUAGAGCUGGCUGGACUCCAGAUGGAAAGUAUGCCUGGGCUAUCCUGCUCGAUCGCCCUCAAACACGUCUGCAGAUUGUCCUGAUCCCGCCGUCUCUGUUUGUGGCUCCCUACAAAGAACUUUCAGAGCAUCACCGGUUGUCGGAGUCUGCUUCUGAAUGUGUGACACCUCUUGUGAUCUAUGAGGAAACGACGGAUAUAUGGAUAAAUAUUCAUGAUAUCCUGUACUUUUUCCCCCAAACCCGAGAUGAUGAAAUCCAGUUCCUCUUUGCCUCUGAGUGCAAGACGGGAUUUCGGCACCUUUACCGGAUCACCAGCAUAUUGAGAGCGGCCAGUUCUGGUAGAGCAGGAGCUGAUCUUCUGGGGCUCAGUGACUUCAGAUGCCCCGUAAAGGAAGAGGUAGCUGUGACCAGUGGAGAGUGGGAGGUUCUUGGUAGACAUGGAUCCACUAUUCGGGUAGAUGAAGUCAAUAAACUGGUCUAUUUUGAAGCCACAAAGGACACUCCUCUAGAACAUCAUCUGUAUGUUGCAAACUAUGAGACUCCAGGAGAGGUGAAGAGACUCACAGAUCUUGGCUUUUCCCAUUCCUGUUGUGUUAGUAAGCACUGCGAUAUGUUCAUUAGUAGAUACAGCAGCCAGACCCUCCCACAUUCAGUGCAUCUUUUUAAAAUCAAAGGCAACGGAUCUGAUCCAACACAAAAGGAUAAAGAUUUUUGGGCUACUCUUCUGGAGUCACCAGGGACCGUUCCUGGGUACAUAGCCCCAGAGAUUUUCUCUUUCCCCAGUAGGACAGGAUUCACUCUUUAUGGCAUGAUGUAUCGACCUCAUCAGUUGCAGCCAGGGAAGAAGUACCCCACUGUUCUCUUCAUAUAUGGAGGUCCACAGGUUCAGCUGGUUAACAACAGAUUCAAGGGCGUUAAGUAUUUUCGGCUGAAUACCCUUGCAUCAUUGGGUUAUGUAGUUGUUGUUAUCGACAAUCGAGGUUCCUGUCACCGUGGACUAAAGUUUGAAGGAGCAUUCAAGUACAAGAUGGGUCAAGUGGAGAUAGAUGAUCAGGUGGAGGGUUUGCAGUAUCUGGCUGCUAAGCAUAGUUUCAUAGACCUUGACCGAGUUGGUAUCCAUGGCUGGUCAUAUGGAGGCUACCUCUCGCUAAUGGCUUUGAUCCAGAAACCUGAUAUUUUCAGAGUAGCUAUUGCUGGAGCCCCCGUAACACUUUGGAUCUUCUAUGAUACAGGAUAUACAGAGCGGUACAUGGGUCAUCCUGACCAAAAUGAACAUGGCUACUACCUAGGCUCUGUUGCAAUGCAAGCAGAAAAAUUUCCCUCUGAACCAAGUCGUCUUCUUCUAUUGCAUGGUUUCCUAGAUGAAAAUGUUCACUUUGCUCACACAAGCAUCCUCCUUAGUUUCUUAGUGCGCAGUGGGAAGCCGUAUGACCUACAGAUCUACCCUCAGGAGCGUCACAGUAUUCGGGUUCCUGAAUCAGGAGAACAUUAUGAACUGCACCUCCUGUAUUAUCUGCAGGAAAACCUGGGGUCUCACAUAGCAGUCACCAAAGCCUUGUGAGCACAGUGUUAACGGUGGUCAGCUUGGGCGUGGGAAGUGCAGCACCCCUGCUACCGCCAUAGAAUGGCACCUGUAGGCCCCAUAUACACUGCUUGGUUCUAGGCUGACCGUCAGAGAAGGAAUUGAAGGCAUAAUCCCUUUGCUACAGUGAUAUCUCACAACAGUCGACCAGUCAAGAGGAUAAAUCAUAUGAACCAUAGUUGGGAAUUGUGAUUCCCAACACCCACCCCCAACACACACACACUCUACUCAAUAUGGAUUUAUUAUCUUAUUUUUAUUUUUAUUUUAUUUUUUUAGGCCGAAUGCAAACGACCGUGGAACACAGACGUGAGCGGUCCGUGGUAUCCCGG